UGUGGGCGAACAUAAACAAGUGGUACGACAUAGCCGUCAAGCUGACGACCACUGAAAUGAGAGAAGCGAGUAUCGAGAUGCUGAAUUUGGACGCCCUUCGGGACGAGAUCAAUGAACUUUGGCAUUAUGUUGAUAUGUUAGACUCACCGAUUGUGUUCUCUCACAACGACGCACAGUACGGGAAUUUUCUCCGCCUUACGGACGGGUCCAACAAACUAGAAAUAGUGGAUUUCGAAUAUAGUGGUUAUAACUACCGCGGCUUCGAUCUCGCAAAUCAUUUUUGCGAGUGGGCGUAUGAUUAUCAUUCGGAAGAACCGCAUAAAAUGAAGCACACCCUCUACCCUACAAUCCUCGAACAGAACAAUUUCCUCCGCGCCUACCUCGAGGUCGAAAAGGAAUCGAGAAAUGACAAAAUAGAAGUGGAGUUGGCACAGAUGAGAUUAGAGUGCGAUGUAUUCUCACUUACAAGCCAUGUAUUGUGGGGACUGUGGGGAGUUCUCCAACACUACCAGAGUCAGAUACAAUUUGAUUAUCUGCAGUAUGCCACUGGUAGGCUGGAGGAAUUUCGACGG